AUGCAUUAUAUGCUUAAUGGUAGUUUAAGAUCCUUUGCAAUGCGCUUCUUGCAAGUCAUUGUAUUGCUAAGAGUGUAUAUAGAGUAUUAGCUUUAGAUUUGCAAAUAUUUUUAAGAUUUUGAUCAAAUAGAUGUUCCUUAAGUGGAAAUUUAAGGAAAUAGCUUGCUAAAAAUUGUCGAACCCUAGCCAGCAAUUAUAGAUGACAAAAUUCAUCUUAUUAGCCAAGAAGAGCUCUAUGUUAAGAUAAACUAACUUGAACAAGAAAAUGUCAUUUUAUAAUAAAGGAUAUAGCAAUAUGUUAUUUCUGAAGAGGAACUAAAAAAUAUCAUUAAAGUAUAACAAGAAGAGGAGUAUAAACUGAGGAAAUAAAAUGAAGCUAUCAUGUCUGAAUCAGCUUACUUAAAUUAGGAAAUUGAAAGUAUGUCUGAUUCCUUAAACUUAAUGUAAUAAUAAGAGGUUAAUUCAAAGAUCUAGAUCUAAGAACUUGAAUAUUAGAUAGAGCAAUUAUUGGCAAACAAUGAUUCUUAAAAACAUUAAUUGAAAAUUUAGCAAAUUGGUCAAAAAUUCAACCAAAACUAGUAUCAAAUUCCUCAAUACAAGAAUUAUUAAAAUUUCUAAGAAGAAAAGUACAAGUAAAUAUAGCCAAAGUAUAAUAGCAUUAAUAACAAUUAAAUAAGGCAAUAAAAUUUGAUAAAUAAUAACUUUAAUCCUGAGAAUUAACUUAGAAUUUAGUAAAAGGAGAAAUUAAACGUUUAAGAUGAUGAGCAAAUAGCAAUAUAGUUAUAAGAACUGAUUAAUAAGGAAGAAGAAGAAAAUUAAGAAAAGUUAAUGCAAUUGUAGAUUAAAUUACUCAACUUAGCCAUUCCUCAAAAGAAAAUUUGA